AUGUCGCCCUCUGUGCUCAUGGACACCUCCGACGAUUUUGUCAUGCCCUCCUCCAAGGCCCCGCAGUCCUCGCACCGCACCCUCCUCCUUUCGCCUCCGUCGCUCUCGUCACAUCAAGAAAUAUUGACCCGCGUGUGGGAAAUGCACGACCGCGCCCACACCGACCUGCAGAUGUUGGACAGGUUGUCCCUCGGCUUAGUUUCGCUCCCUCAGUCCACCUAUGAUGUCAUCAUGAUCCUCUCCGACGCAGAUGGAUCACGCCGCGAGAGUCAAAAUCUGAUCAGUCGGGACAUGCUGGGCUUACUGGUCAAAGCAUUGAAGAGUGACGGAUAUUUACGCAGUCAGGAUGGAACUUUUGGGACUGCGGAUGGCCCAGAGAAGAACGAGACCGUCCUCGCUGGCCUCUCUUUUCAGCCAGGUGUGGGGUUCGUUAAACCAAAUCACGCCGCACAAGAUUCUGUUCCUUUGAACUUCGGAAAAAGGAAAGCCGCACAGGCCGCUGGCGGUCUUAACAACAACAACAACAUAGCGAACGGUGAGUCUGUGUCGAUGCCGGUGAACGGCAAGCGGAAGAGCAUGGAUGAUGCUGUGCCGGCGGGCGUGGGAUUUGACGACGGAAUGGAUGGCUCAGACGAUGAAUUGAUUGACGAAGACACGUUGCUGGACGACGAGGAUUUGAAGAGGCCUAUUAAGAUCCCCGUCAAAUGUCAGCCCAAGGCAAAGCGACGCCGAGCAUGCAAAGACUGCACCUGCGGGCUCGCACAGAAGUUGGAGGCUGAGGACCGAGCCCGACGAGAGAACGCGGACAAAGCAUUGAACACGAUGAAGUUACAGGCUGCUGAUCUGGCCGAGGUCGAUUUUACAGUGCAAGGCAAAGUUGGAAGCUGUGGUAACUGCAGUCUUGGAGAUGCAUUCCGAUGCGACGGUUGCCCAUAUAUAGGGCUUCCUGCCUUCAAGCCCGGCGAGGAGGUUCGGCUGUUGAACGAUGAGAUUCAGUUGUAG